UCGGCUGAGCUCACAGUCCAAAUCUAUGACGGUGAAGUGGCUAGAGAGCGAGCGAGCUUUGCUAUUAUCAGCGUUGGGCAAUAUUUCAGAUGUAUUUCAAUUACGCAAUUCAGUUACAAUUAUGUAAAAAUAUUUGCUAUCAAAAUAUAGUGGCUACAGGUAUUUUGUAUUCGUCAAAAUACAGUUUUUUUUUAAUCAGCGUUGGCUGAAUGGCCUUAUGUGCGCUUGUUAUGCGUUUAUUUCUUUAUUUUCUGUGUGGUGGGACUCGCCACGCAGCCUGCCUACGAACGCAGAUAUUACCCUGCGCCUGAUUUUAUUGGCAAAUCCAUGGGUGGGGGAAGUGAUCUGAGGGGGUGGUCCAAAAAUGUAACACAAACGGACACUGUGUGGCCACAACUUCCUCCAACUACUCUGAGCUGCCAUUCCGAGCAUCAGCAGAGUGGCACAACGACUCAGCACAACGCAACGACUCGGCACCACACAGCGACUCCACACAGCGACUCCACACACGGCUUCUCCCAGCUGUCCGGCAACUCAUCUUCAGGAAGAUGAAGGGUGGAUCCCUGUUCUUGGCCACUUUGCUGCUCAGCUUCAGCAGUGCUGCGGCUCUGGAGGAGGGAAAGAUCUGCUACAUUCUGGACGGGAUUCUGUUUGUGUAUGGCAUCGUUCUGACUGUGCUGUACUGCAGACUGAAGAUGGGAAACAGCGGCAGCGUCUCUGAGAAACCUCAGCAAGGAGAGGGAGUCUAUGCUGGAUUGGCUCCUCAUGCACAGGACACGUACGAGACCAUUGGUCAGAAGAAAGGAAUGGUGUGAAGAAAGGGGCGGAGUCUCAGUAACGCAUGCAAACCUGGACCAAUCAGGGCACUGAUCUAUAGUGCUGAAAUUGUGAUGACAUAUUGCGUGUCUGUGGUGAGAAGAGAGUGUGUGUAAAUAUGUAACAGUCAUUCCUCUGAAACAGAAACAACUUUACAGCUAAUAAUCUGCUUUCAAGCCUGUGAAACUGCUCUGAUGUUUCAUAUUUUCUUGAUGUUAUUAUUGUUAUAUUUUAUGUGUAUCAGAUGUAGAGUAUAUACAAAUGGACAGGGGGAGACUGAGAGGGAGGAAAGAAGAAAACUUUAACUUUUAACCUCUGUUUGUUUUCCUUGUAAAUGCCUUAAAAUAUUUGAAUGCCUAAAACAUUGUUUUC